UGUGCGUUAAUUAGUUGAUAGAGUCAUGUUUGAAUUAAUGGCUUUUUCAGAAGUGAAAUAUGAAUGGCAGUGUAGUGUGAACGUAGCAAACUUUGUGACAGUGCGGCCGAGCAGUGAGGGAGAUGAUAAAACAAACGAAUUCAAAGUCUGGAAAAAGCAGAUGAUUUUCCUUCUAGAGAGCCAGGGUGUGAUGGGGUUCGUCAACGGUGAAAUUGUGGCACCGACGGGCUUCGCCAGCUUUGAGCAGUACUCUUUGUGGAGCAGAACGGAUAGACUUGUCAAAGGAUGGAUUCUUGGAUCGAUCGGAACAGACGUGCUUCACCAACUGCAGGGUUGUGAAACUGCAAGGGACGUAUGGCUACAAUUACUAGACAAAAUUUUCAAACAAGAAGACGAAGAAGAAGAAGAAAUGACCGGUGACGAGUAUGACAGAUAUUUGCCACUAUACCAGGCAAUAAUGAGAGAUAACUGGCAGUCCACUAAGCAUAACUUCCCAGACAUAAACGACCUAUGCACCACCUUUAUAUCUUCACGUUUGGAUACAAUUCUGCACAUAGCCGUUUUGACAGGAAAUGCAAACGAUUUAGUGAUCAAGAUGGUGGAAAUAAUACCACCAGAGGCGCUGGCCCUCAUGGAUUCCAAAGGGGAAACUGCCUUACACAAAGCUGCCAAGGUUGGAAAUACAGCAGCAGCAACUGCUUUGGUUGACAGAAAUCCAAAUUUACUGCAUGUUAUGAACAAUUAUAAUGAGUUGCCAGUGGUCAUAGCAGCUGGAAAUUACCAAAAGAAAACGUUAGAAUAUUGGAUAUUGCAGCACGAGACCAACUCCAGCAAUCACCCUUCUAUAUUUCUGGGUCAAAUUGGAAUCAGGGUCUUGAAUGCAAUAAUAUCUUCCGAAUAUUUUGAUAUUGCAUUGGAUUUGACUCUCAAAUACCCAAAUGUGGCUCAAAUGGUAGAUUAUGAGACCGGUAAUUACGCACUAUCAAUCAUUGCUCAGAACGACUCCUUAUUCUCAAGGACAGGAGCUUUCACCUGGUGGCAACAGUUUGUUUACCAUUGUAUUAGUGUAAAAACCAAUUCUGAAGCGGAAACUGGUCGCACGACACAUGAUGUAACCCAUGACAUUGAAAGUUCAAAUAACCAUGGUGCAGCGCAUAGGAUGUACUUGUUUCACAUUAUCUCUCGAGUAUGGAAGAAGUUGGAAGACAUGAUUUGGUAUGUCACCGAAAAUUUAGUGCCUAAAGUGAAGGAGCUGAAGGAGAAGAAAUCAGCGCGUGCACAAGCACUACAACUAGCGAAGCACUUGUGCGACCAAAUAAGAAUUUUGCCUGGAAAUAAGGCUAAUCCGAUAUUUGCGAAAUCUUUACAAAAGGCUGCAUUCUAUGGGAUUAGUGAGCUUGUGGAAAUGAUAAUGGACAUAUGCCCUUGGGCUAUUUUAUAUCGCGAUACUGAAGGCAGGGAUAUGUUUAUGCUGGCAGCGACCUAUCGCUUUGAAAAUGUUAUCAACCUCUUAUAUAAUAUGAACGACAGCAAAUAUUUAUUUUGGGGCAUCAGCGACAAUCAGAAAAACAAUUUAAUGCACAUAUGUGGAAAAUUAUCCCCAUCUGACAGGCUCAAUCUUGUAGCUGGUCCUGCUCUACAAAUGCAGCGUGAAUUGCAGUGGUUUAAGGAGAUGGAAAAUAUUGUCCCUGCUCCACGCAGAACAUGUCGCAAUGACGAAGACCAAACUCCACAGAUGAUAUUCACAAAGGAGCACGAAAAGCUAAAAGAAGCUGGAGAGAAGUGGAUGAAAGACACAGCUAAUGCAUGCACCAUCGUGGCAGCACUAAUUGCAACAGUCAUGUUCGCUGCAGCUUUCACUGUUCCUGGUGGGAUUGAAGAAGCAUCCGGCAAGCCACUUCUGUCAAACAAACCUCCAUUCAUGUUGUUUGCAGUGUCGGAUUCCAUAUCCUUGUUCACUGAUGGGGUACGUACUAAACAAGCCCAAUAGCAGUGACGGCCCAUCAGCCCAAAGCCCAAGGAAGAGUAUCAGUUCGGCAUUACCAAAGAGUUCGGCCCCAGCCUACAGCUCGGUAAAAGCCGA